ACCCCUCAUGGAAGGAAAGCGCUUGCAUUACAAGGGGAAGGAAACCAGAGCUUCUACCGUCUCACUUUUCUGCAGAUCCAGAAGCAUGAUCAGGAAGAAAUUCUGAUUGUUCAUACAGACACUUUAACUGAAUAUUGUGAUUUGAGGUGACCUUUGCCCUGCCGUAGUACAGCAAGAGAUGGCGCAGCGGAGGCACAAUACCUACAAGACUUUACCAGUUGGUGAUGACAGCCUGCGGAACUGGAGCGUGGCCGGCCAUGGAGGCUUUGGUUACGUCUACAAGGCCAGACACAAGGACUGGGGCUUUGAUGUGGCAAUUAAGCUGUUGCGUGAUGGUGUUGGCUCCAUACCAAAGGAUCAGGCACUGUGGAAAGAAGCAAACCACAUGGAUGAUGUAUCCUGUGAGUUUGUACUGAGGGUUUAUGGAAUGUACCAAGGUUGUCCACCUGGGAGUGGAUUCUCCAGUCAGCAGGGAAUAGUCAUGGAGUACAUGAACAGAGGAUCUAUUCAGACCCUGCUGACAGACCUUUCUGGUCCGCCACCUUGGCCUCUGGUCUUCCGCUUGGCCCAUCAAGUGGCUCUUGGGAUGAACUUUCUCCACUCAAGGAAUCUUUUGCACCAGGACCUAAAGCCAAGUAAUGUCCUGUUGAAUGAUGACCUCAAUGCCAAGAUAGCAGACUUUGGUCUGGCCAGAAUCUCUGCCAGUGCUUUGAACAACAGCAGUGAAAUAAUAGGAGAGAAAGGAGGAUCUUACAAGUACAUGCCCCCAGAAGCUUUCAGUCUCUCAUAUGAACCUGUCCGUGCUGCAGACAGAUACAGCUAUGGUGUCCUCCUCUGGUCCAUUAUUUCUGGUAAAGAGCCAUAUCAAGGGGCGGAUUACAGUAUUGUGGCGUUACGAAUCCCCAGAGGAGACAGACCAAAUUGUGAGGAAAUUGAGCAGCUGAAAGCAGAUGGACUACAAGAAGUGGUUGUCCUCAUGAAAAGCUGCUGGGAUCAGAAUCCAUCAAAGAGACCUGUUUUUAAAGACUGUCUUGUAAUCACUGAGAGUGUGUUCUCUCGACACAAGAAGGACAUUCCCAUCGCUGUACAUCAAGUCUUAACAAAGCUGGAGUCCCCAGUUAUUGAUGAACUGAUGAUAAGUACAGCUUCUAACAUUCCCUUUCAGGAAACAGAACAGUCAGCGAUGAAUGAUAGUGUGGAUGCCAUAUUUGCUGAAUCUCAAAGUUCUUCAAAACAGGUUCCUGUUAAUGUGGUUACCCACAAAAUCUGUGAUGAGGAAAAAGCAAAGUUUGUGGAUGACAAAAGGGCAACGUUAAUUCAGGACAUUUCCAACGUGAUGGCCAUAACAGAAGAGUUGGGACGUAUGGUUUAUCCUGAAGUCUACUCAAUGAUCGAAGCAGAAAAGAUACGCCAGACCAAAGUGAGAUUGCUCUUUAACAACACACUUCACUCAGGAGGGGUAAAGGUCAAAGCAGCCUUCUUUGAUGCCCUGAAGAAGCAUGAGCCCUACCUUGUGGAGAGGCUAGGUGGCUGAUUUCAGAUGUCCAGGACAGAUCUUCCUUCUUUAUGCCUGAUUACCGUUUUGACACAGUUCUCGCAAUUUUGUAUAUUGAGUAGAUUCUGCUAAUACUUUGUCAAUAAAUUUGCUUAUUUCUACAGUGUAACAACUGUGCAAUUUUUUUAAAUAAACAUAUUUUGCACUUUGGAUUGAUUGAUUGGCUUGAUUGAAAAAAAAGGAAAGCUGAAUUGCACUUUUUGUGCCAGUGUUAAUAGAGGUGUAAUGCUUCUCUAUUUUGGAGCACAAAGACAGACAGACAGAGAGACACAGAGAGAGACAGAGAAAGAGAGAGAGGGCUAGCAAAGGUAAGAGGCUUUUCUUGUCCAAUCCCUCUGUAUCUGUCACAAGCAGUCAGUCACCUGCAGAUGAUGCCAAUGACGGCCAAGGCAACAAACUUAUUCUAUGGUCCCCGUUGAUUAUACAGUUUUAAUGCUUAGAACACUGACACUGAAUAAUGCAUUACAUACUAGGGAUGGCACAAUGCCACUUUUUUAUGUUCGAUACAAUACCGAU